ACCCAGAACCCUAGCGUAAAAUAAAUGGUGGUUAUCUUCAGGGGAAAAGAAAAAAGCUUGGGUUGUGUGGUAAUUGUGAGAAAUAGAGGUGAGAGAAAAUGGUGGUGAGGAUCCGAUUGUCUCGGUUCGGAUGCAAAAACAAACCGUUUUACCGGGUCAUGGCCGCCGACAGUAGAUCUCCUCGCGAUGGCAAGCAUCUCGAAGUCUUAGGCUACUACAAUCCCUUACCAGGCCAAGAUGGUGGCAAAAGAAUGGGUCUUAAUUUUGAACGAGUGAAAUAUUGGCUUUCUGUUGGGGCGCAACCCUCAGAACCUGUGCAGCGCGUUCUUUUUCGAGCAGGCUUACUACCUCCACCUCCCAUGAUGGCAAUGGGACGUAAAGGUGGACCACGUGACACACGUCCCAUUGAUCCUAUGACUGGUCGCAUCUUGACCCCAGAGAAACCAGCUAAUGCUGACCAGUCCAAUGACUCUAAGGGUGAAGAAGACAGUGAAGACGACGACGCAAGUACCUCAUGAAACUCUUCAUUGCAAUUUUUAAGAUCUUAUUUUUGUUUCUUUAAUCUCUUUUUAGGGGUUGCGGGUAUCAAGAAUUUUUGUUUCUACUUGGACAUCCCCCAGAAAGACAGUGUGGUCUUGCACUCUUGCUUAACUUUGGACAACAAUUCUCAUCCUUUCUGGGAAGGCUGCAAGUUGUGUGGUGAUAUUGGUACUUUUAACUCCACGACACCGCAUUAGGGGUAUUAAGUGCUAUGUAAUGGCUACGGUGUCAAAAGUUCCUAAAGAAAACGACUGUACAAAAUAUUGUGCAAGCUGCUGCACUGAACAUUGAAUCUUUUUUUAGGGAAUGCUUUAGCAACCCCUCCCCAAAACCACCAACACCACUUGGAUUUAUUAUUUUGUGUAACAUGUUGCAUACAACAUCUCUCUUAUGUUGGGUUGAACCCUACAAAUGUGAGAUGGAUAUUGCAUACAACGAUUACACAUAAUACCACUUUCAUGACCAGGGUGAGGGGAGGAUAUAAACAAGACAUGUAAAAAUGUCUAGUUAAUAAUGAUUCAACUACUGGGUGAUGAACUAGAUUAUGGGCUUCCUUUCACCUAGUUAGGCAAAGUGAUGAAUCAAUGCCACCUGAAAUAGAUUAGAAUAGAACCAAUUCAAUAUAGUGAUAAUCCCCGGAGGACAAUAAUAAUUGAAUUUUUUUUGGUUAAUUUCUGUGAUUAGUAUUGUGAGCAGUGGAAACUUGGAAACAAGUGGGACCAUUAAUGGAUCAUCCUCUUCAAUCCUCA